AUGGUCCACCUGAUCCUCACGGGGGCGACCGGGCUCGUCGGGUCCAGCGUGCUCUCGCACAUUCUGUCGCUGCCCAGCGGCGGCAACAUCACACGGCUGAGCAUCCUGACGCGCAACCCGACGAUCCCGUUGCUGGCGACGCCGCCGCCGCCAGGCACGCCGAGCAGCAACAAGAGCACGCGCAUCGAGGUGAUCGAGCACCGCGACUUUACCACGUACCCGCCCGAACUGCUCGAGCGGCUGCAAGGCGCCGACGCGUGUAUCUGGGCGCUGGGCGUGAGCCAGAACAGCGUCGACAAGGACGCGUACGUGCGUGUGACGCGCGACUUUGCCCUCGAGGCGGCCAAGGCCUUUGCCGGGUUGAGGACCAGCAAGCCGAAGACCAAGACCAAGAAUCAGACGGAGACGAACACGAACACGAACACCAACACGGAGACGACCACGAACACAGACAUUGACAGCGACGCUUCCAAGUUCAAAUUCAUCUAUGUGUCGGGCGAAGGCGCCACGCUGACCCCGGGCCCGUGGACGCCGCUGUUCGGCCGGGUCAAGGGUGAAACCGAGGCCUCGUUGCUCGCUCUGUCCAAGUCACGACCCUCGCUGGCCGUGUAUUCGGUGCGCCCGGGCGGCGUCGACGGCCACAACCAGCCCUGGCUGUGGCGCGAUAUCCUGGCCAACCGCAGAACCGCCUUCGAGCGCAUCUACCUUCCAGUCUUGUUGGCGCCAGUCCGCUGGGCGAGUGGCGUCGGCCUGGCCACUGUCUGGCAUUCUCCCACCGACGAGCUGGGCCGCGUGCUCGUCGAGAUGGCCGUAGACGAGAGCAGGGCGCCGUUUGAGGGGCCAGGCGUGGACGGCGAGGGCAGGACCUUGGCUAAUCUUGCUUUGAGACGGCUGGGGCGGGCUGGCAAAGACGGUCAGAAUGGAAAUGGGCAUGGACAAUGA